GAAGGGUGAUCAAGAAAAAUGGAUUGGCGAGUGAGUCUCUCCUCUUUUCUUUCUCUUUUCUUCACUUUAUUUCACCUUUCCAGCUCUAAACUUACACCAGAAAAAUGCAGAGAGCUAGGGUUUUCUUCGAACUUGCUCUGUGGGUCUUGUGAUGAGCUUGUACAGUUCAAAAUGGAUCAACAGUUUGUGGACAAUUGUCGGAGUUGCUGUCACGAGGAAGGCGAAAGUCAGGCUGCUUCUAAGCGGUUUGCUUCUGCAACUCUGGAAGUGUGCAACUGAAAAUUGGGUCGCUUCCCUCAAAUCCAGGCUUUUGUCCGUAGUGAAAAGCCUGACAAAUUUCCUAAUCUAAGGAUAGAGUUUGUGAGGGGAGCAGACCCAAUUUUAAAGCUUCAUAGUGAAGAYGGUAGUGUUCAAGAAGAACUUAGCAUUGAGAAGUGGAAUACAGACAGUGUAGAAGAAUUUUUAACAGAGAAACUCCAAGUAUCAUAGAAGCAAGAUGAAUUAGMCAAAUAUGGAAACUGUAUGCUGUAGAGUCAAAGAGCUUCAGGGAAAACAUGCACYGYCUUCUCACCUUAUGACGGCUUCCCUGAAAACCUGUUUAACAGGCCUGGGAAACUUGAUGAUAGAGAUGAUAGAGGUGCAUUUAGCAGUUAUACUAUUUCCUUUAGGAAAACUAAAUAUAUUUUUUGUUGGAAACAUACAGUAGUACUGUACCAUUAUAAUUAAUAACAAAAUGUUUGUGUAAAUUUUCUAGAAAGAAUUUAAUAUUCUAGAAUGGUUUUCAUAAAUUUGCAAAGCAAAGUUUAAAACGUACUUAAAAUUUCAAAUCACCAGUCUUUUAUUUCACCAUUAAAUUCUAAAAAAAAAUCAUGAAAUUAAAGAUCCACAGAAAAAUGACAACUUACAGUACAGCAAUGAUUAUUUGAAAAACAAAACAAACCAGGAAAGUACCCUCAAAAAUACGAAUAAGAUACAUGACUUUCAAAAAUGGCGCCAGUUCAUGUCCGCCUAUAUUGGGGACUAGUGACGAAUCAUGUGAACGAGACCUGAAAGGCCUUCCAUCAAGAAAUCACUACGAAGAUCGUAUGUAGGCAGUGUCCAAAAGUUUGAAAGAUGUAUUGGUAUGUUAUUUAUAACAAGACACUCUUGCAAGGCACCAUGGAAGCUCACUAUACGGAGGCUGGCCUUUGAGACCUCGUUUUAGUGCUUCGUCCCCAGUGCACUGGUCGGCGACCGUGACAUAUCGCGCCAUUUUUGAAAGUCGUGUAUAAGAUUUAUGAAAACCACUCUAUUUAGUUCAGGGAUAACAUUAAGAUUAUGAACACUGCAUUGUGUUGUUUGCCAUAGAGUGCUUUCAGUAAAAGUGUUGGUGUAGUAUUAUAUUUCAUGAACAAAGACUAAAGAAUGAAAAGGUUUCUUGUAUAAUGCACAAAUGAUUUUAUGACAUUCAUGCAGUAAACCACAU